CGGUCCCAAGGCGGGUCCUGGGUGGUGGGCGGAGCGCAGCGGCCGAGGCCCGGAAGCGGACCGAGGCCGCCCGGGUUCCCGCUAUCUGGCUGCCAUGGACGAGGCGGACCGGCAGAUCCUGCGGCGGUGCCGGGUGCAGCUGGUCAACGAGCUGCAGGUGGCCCCGCUUUGGGACGUUCUGCUGACCCGCCAGCUCUUUACGCCCGCCAUGAUCGAGGACAUUCAGCAUGCAGGCUCAGGGUCUCGGAGCGAUCAGGCCAGGCAGCUCGUCAUAGAUCUAGAGACCCGAGGGAGUCAGGCCCUUCCUUUGUUCAUCUCCUGCUUAGAGGACACAGACCAGAACAAACUGGCUUCAGUCCUGAGAGCGCUUCGGCAAGCGGAAAAGCAGAAUCCAGAGGUCAUCAGACCACAGGACCCCAUGCCUGUGGUGGUUAGAGCAUUGGGCCUCACACCAGAGGAUCUCAGAGGGAAGCAAGGUCCAUCAAAGGCGACUCCCGGAAAACUUGCUCCAGUGGUGCUGGGGCCUGAGCAGCUCUGGCCAGCCAAGCUCAGGCCAGAGGUUCUCAGACCAGAGAUGCCCAGGCCAGUGGACAGUGGCUCUGGACGAUUCAGUGAUGUAUGUGCUCCGGAGAUUUCCAAGCAAAAUGCUGAUUUGGCCUACGCCCUGAACGCUGACCCCUGCGGCCACUGCCUGAUCAUCAACAAUGUGAACUUCUGCCUGGAGUCGAGGCUCACGGCCCGCACCGGCUCCAACAUCGACUGUGAGAAGCUGCGUCAACGCUUCCACUUGCUGCAUUUCAUGGUGGAGGUGAAGUGCGACCUGACGGCCAAGCAAAUGGUCCAGGCUUUGGUGGAGCUGGCGCGGCGGGACCACAGCGCCCUGGACUGCUGCGUGGUGGUCGUCCUCUCCCACGGCUGUCAGGCCAGCCACCUCCAGUUCCCAGGGGCUGUUUAUGGCACGGACGGAUGUCCUGUGGCCAUCGAGAGAAUUGUGAACAUCUUCAAUGGAGCCGGCUGCCCCAGCUUGGGAGGGAAGCCCAAGCUCUUCUUCAUCCAGGCCUGCGGUGGGGAGCAGAAAGACCAUGGGUUUGAGGUGGCCUCCGCUUCCCCCGAAGACAGGACCCCAGGCAGUGACCCCGAGUCAGACGCUGUCCCGUUCCAGGAAGGCCCAGGCCCCUGUGACCAGCCGGACGCCGUGUCUAGUUUGCCCACACCCAGUGACAUUUUUGUGUCCUACUCCACCUUCCCAGGCUUUGUUUCCUGGAGGGAUACCAAGAGCGGCUCCUGGUACGUGGAGACCUUGGAUGGUGUUUUUGAGCAGUGGGCUCACUCUGAAGAUUUGCAGACCCUCCUGCUCAGGGUCGCUAAUGCUGUUUCGCAGAAAGGGAUUUACAAACAGAUCCCCGGGUGUUUCAAUUUCCUCCGGAAAAAACUCUUUUUUAAAGUGUGAUGAGGGCCAGGGCCCCUCCCCUGUUCACCUUGCUUUACUGUUCACUCCAAAACCUUCCUGCCCACGGAGGAGGAAGUGGCCUGGGCCCACAGCAGCUGAGGCCCCGUCUGUCCUACAGCCGUGGCUGUCAUUCUUUAAAGGAGUUUGUGGCCCGUUGUGGGUCUACUCUUUCCUCACUGGAGGCCGACGGGCUCUUAGCAGCUUCCACGUUGGAGACGAAUGACGGAAGACAGAGGAGGAGGUGCGGAAGACGGACAAGGACAUCACAGGGUUCUUCCCAGCGGUCCUUUCUCCAGCCGGUGGCUGGGGCCUGUCAUUCCACUGUCGUCACUAGAGAACGGCUUCUCAGCUUCAGUACUGUUGACAUUUGGGGCCAGAUAAUCCUCUGUUGUGGGGCCAUCCUGGGCGCCGGAGGGAGUUUAGUGGUGUCCCUGGUCUCUGCCAACAGACGCCUGUACAUCUCUCCCUGAGUCAUGACAACCAAAAAUGUCUUCAGACAUUGCCAGGUGUCCCCUGGUGGGACCCUGCUUGAGAACCACUGAUUUGUAGGAAAUUUCGGCUACAAACAAACGAGCAUCUGUCUUAGCUCAGCAAGUUUGGGGCUACUGGAGUCUGGACAGCUGGAGUCUGUGAAUCCUAAAUGAAGUUCUAAGUUACCAAUUUUUCUUAUGUUCCAGUAUUCUUAAAAAAAAUUUUUAGGUGAAUAUGGACACUUUUUUUUUUUUUUUUUGGCCUAUUGCCCCCCUCAUUUUGUUCCAACUGUUUGUUUUUCCUUAUAAAGGAGUUUUUUGCCUUUUUCUUUCUUUCUUUCUUUUUUUUUUUUAAAGAUUUAUUUGAGUGAGAGAGAGAGAGGGGGGAAGGGCAGACGGAGAGAAAGUCCCCAACAGACUCCACCCUGAGUGCGGAGCCCAACUCCAGGCUCAAUCCUGUGACCCUGAGAUCACGAGCCGAAACCAGGAGUCAGAUUCUCAACUGACUGUGCCACCCAGGUGCCCCAGAUUUUGGCUUUUUAAAAAAACGUCUCCCGGGGCGCCUGGGUGGCUCAGUGGAUUAAGCUUCCACCUUCGGCUCAGGUCAUGAUCUCAGGGUCCUGGGAUCGAGCUCUGCAUCGGGCUCUCUGCUCAGCAGGGACCCUGCUCCCCAGCCCCCACACCGCCUGCCUGUCUGCCUACUUGUGAUCUCUCUCUCUGUCAUAUAAAUAAAAUCUUAAAAAAAAAAGUCUCCCCAUCUCUUACUUUAUUUGAACCCCACCCCAUCUCAGGAAGGUGCCUGGGCUGGGAGCUGUGUCCUCGGGACAGUGAGGUCACAGGUCAGGCCCCAUCCCUGAGGUCUUGCCAGCUCUCCAGACCAUGGCCAGUUUGGAGCUCUCAGGACGUGGGUGUGAGUCUUGUUUGCUGAAAACUCACCGAGAUAGGGAUUCAUGGAGUUGCCAUCUCAUUAUUAUUUUCCUCCUGUGAUCCUUCCAAGUCUCUCUAGUCGCUGGGACUUGUGGUGGUUUGUUAUUUGGUCACCUGCGGGCCACGUCCAAAUAAAUAACCCGGUUGACCCAGCAGAGCAGAGCGAGGCUUGGCAGUUUCUGGCUUUCUCCCUCCUGAAAUUCAGGCAAAUCAGGUGGCCCUCUCUUGGGGAUCCCUGGUGACCUUCAGCGGCACGGGAUGUUACCACAGCUCUUCAUGGACCUGCUGGGGGUUCUUAGCCUGAGGUGCUGUUUGGGGCUCAGGGCCAUGGGCCUACAAACACCCAAACACCAGGAGCCGAAUGUGUGCAUGGGCAGGUGUUUCGAUUUCAUUUGUUUCUCAGGGGGAUCAAGAGCCCCGAAAGGGUUAAGCCAGCGGUGGCGUAUUUGCAAGGCACUGUGCUGCGUUGCUUUCAGAGGCCGGUUAGCGGUGUCCAUGGAACCCUUCACCAGGCCAGCCCUGCCUCUCAGUGAGGCUGCUGGAGCUCCACAGACAGCGCAGGGGCUCAGCUCUCGUUGCGAGUGUGUGUGUCCGGCGGGUUCAUGGCAGCCACGGGAGAGGGGGCGAUAGGGGACGGAUGACAAUGUCACUCGUUAUGGUCGUAAUAAGGAAUAUUACUGAGCUGUCCCAAAGGAUGACCUAGAGGGAUGGACUGAGACAUGAAAUGUGAUACCGUGCUCAGUGACGGCGUGAGAGUGAGAUGCUAUUUUUGGCUAGAAGAUAUUCUGUAUGAACGUACACAGGUAUAUGAUACAGGCAUGUACGUAAAGUCCGGAAGACCAUCCACCAUGCUCUUAACAGUGACCAUCUCUGGAAGGUGGGAUCGGAGACGUAAAAUGAGGGGGACUUUCCUGUUUUACUGGAUACACUCCCAUAUUCUAAUAUUCUGACAAAGACUGUGUGUUACCUUCUCAAAUAAAAAUAAACAUUCAGCUGGUGGCUGCUGAGAA